UGAAUAUGCCAUCUUCGCAAGCAGUUCGUUCGCGCCUCUUUUGAGGCGGUUAUGGCCGUCGUAUUUUUGUACAUUUAACAAAUUCUCGUAAUCUUAGAGACUUGUCAAUUCUGAUCGGUGAAAUUGCCCACCGAAAAUGCCGUUUCGCGACAGUCCCUUGGAAAAAUUCCUGAGCACAGUAUACAACAUUCUCGAUGUGCCGGUUACUGCUUUUCGAGAGAAAAUCGUCGUACCUAAUCAACAGAAGUAUCCGUGGUAUCACCAGCAGUUCCGCAGAGUUCCCACAAUCGCUGAGUGCAAUGUCGACGACAAUGUCUGUAUCUUCGAGGCUCAGACACAAUUCUCGAGAGAUAAGUUGGUGGAUAAGGAAAUUCUCAAUAUCUUAAAAAAUCGGUACGGAGACUGUACAAAUUUUGAGUAUCCAGACCUCGAGAAAUGUAAACCACUCUAUGAUAUGUACUAUGAUGCCCUAGACAACUGGUUCAUAAAAUAUGGUGAUUUAGGAUAUAACAACAGCGUUAUACACGCUUUUAUGAAACAGAAACAUCGCAUGAUUUGGGAGCGGAGACAUGGUCCUGUUGGUACGGGAAUGAGAGAAUAGAAAACCUUGCGCUCUGUAUUCGUGUAAUGUUGAUACUGUAGAUAAUAAAAUGAAUAAUCGAUUACAAGUACGGCAUUAAAUCGUUUUUCGAUAAAUUACAAUGUUCUGCAGAAAUUGAAGGACAUUGUGUGUAUGUACAUGAAGUGAUACAUUGGAAAGAUGGGAAAUAGACAACGGUCUAUUUUCACAUCUUCAUAGCGUGCAUGUACUGACAUAUGAAGACUAGUUGUCAAGGUAUAUAAAUGCCUUUUUUACAGAAACAAACAUCGCUAUAUUUGGUUACUUAUGUAUAUAUUUCUUUGCAUGACAAACUUUGUUCUCAUGAUUAAUUACUGCUGUGUUAAGAUUCUUAUACACUUUUCUUUUAUUCUAAGGGAGAACUUCGCAAUGUAAAAAAUAUAAGCUAUCCGACACA